UUUUUUUGAUCGUGAUCAGAUGAGGGACUUGUAUUUUCUGUUGAAAGAGGCCAAAAUAAUGUAAGAUUUUGAGUGGUUCCACUGUAAUGUUAUUGUGUAACCAUAUCUUAUUACAGGUUCAUUACAUCAGAUCCAUAAGACAAAGCAUUGUCAAAACAAUAGACUAAUUAAUAAUAGACUAGUGAAUAGGUCACUCAUUUUAUCAGUAUAAAAUUAUUUUAACUAAAUUAAGGAAAUGACGAAACCGACCUAUAACAUUAAAUAUUCUCAGAAAAGAAGAAACAAAAGCUGUCACUGGGACAGUUCUCGGUGAAGAAAUAUAAUGAAUGCAACCUAAUAUUUAGGUUGAAUAUUCAGAUUUAUAUCCAGAAUAUUCAUUUAUAUAUUUACAAUUAUUUAUUUUCAAUAUUCAGUGCACUGCGUUGUGUUUUAAGGUUAACAGAAAGUCUGUAAAAUGUACCAACAGCCUAAUGUCCAUUUUUUUCUAUAUUGGAGCUUAAAGAACCUGGACCUGUAAGAUGUGUUGUGUUACUUUUAUCAAUAUUCAGCCUAUAUAUUUAUAUUAGAAAUUAUAAUAAAUGCUACCAUAGUGCUUUGCUUUCUUAUGUUUUGUUUUUAUUGUUAAAGGUUUUUGUGAUGCAUUAGUGAAUGAAAGAGGGAGAUUUGUAAUGUUGUACAGGUGCAGGUACAGGUGCACGUGAAUUUCUUUCACACCUGUGCAUGUCGUAUCAUUUUAUGAAGAGGUGGGUCAGCUUUAUUCUCACACUUACUUGUAAUUCAAGUGACCAAACACAGCUGACUUUGCCAGUAUUAAAGCGGAUGUGUCACACUUUCAUCCUCGUAUACCACUGUGCAACGUGCCAUGGAUCUGAUGCUAACAAGGGUUUUACUUAUUUCAAUACACUUUAUUAUGCCUCUAUGGUGCAAUGUUUUGCGACUUCAGAAGAGAGACUGGAUAGGUAGUCCAUCUGAAAGCAUAGCAGAUAGUGAUGUUGAAUGUUUUUCUGAGUAUAUGGAACUUUGGAUCCAUAGGAUAAGAAUUGAGGAAUUGAGGCUUUGGCUUUCUGGAAUAUUAAGGAUUCAAGGGGCCUUGGUGUCACUGGAAAAUUUAAAUAGUCAACUCUCUUCAUGUGGGUUUGGUCUGCAUAGAGAUCUGGACAGGAACUAUGUCUUCAGAGUCAUGUACAGCGGAUGUUUUGUCCAUUUAGAGCAUGGAAAUUAUGUGAUUGUAUUGAACCUGCCAAAGAGAAUAAAUCGUUUUGGAGGAAGGACUCAGACGUUUACGAUGAAGUGUCCUGCUGUGCUAACACCUCCUUAUAGAGAAUACAUAAAGUGUGAUUCAGAAUUCAUUCAGGUUACAAGAGAGAUCCCCAUGGAUAACUGGAAUAAUGAGUUGGACUGGUCUCUGGCUUUAGAAGGGAGUUUAGUGGUGGAUUUGGAUGACGCCAGUCUGAUUCAAGUCAAUGUCGAAGUGCAAAAACCAAAUAUAACGGUUCAAGGGAGGAGAGACACAGUCUUAAGUACUGUGCAGGAGGGACAAUUUUUACCACUCAAACUGGUUAGUGGUCAGUAUGCUUACAGCAUGGAGGCAACCUGUCCAAAUGUGAAUCAGUCAUCAUCUAACAACACAGUGUUGAACAUCUAUAAACGGCGUAUGGGCUUGACCAAGAGAGCUGGAAAUCUGAAUGAGUGCCUCACUAUCAGCAAUGUGAUAGUGAACCAGACCAAUUCAUUCACCUGGUCACAAACUACUGCUUUUGUGCAGCUUAUCAUUCCUACAUCCCACAUUCAAGAGAAAAGGGAAUGCAUUUCUGUAGAGGGUAAAAAACUCCAGCAAACUUUCUAUAAGAUAGAUGCUGUCCUUACCUUUAAAGAGACAAAUCACAAAAUGCACUGGACCAUGGAGAACACCUCACCAUGCUCGGACAUGUUAAGUACGGCCCUGAUGACAAACCCGCAAGUUCAUAAGGUCCAAAACACGUCACGUUCUUAUGUGGACAUCACAGACAAUUCUUCCAUCAAAGAGUUAACUGCUUCUGUGCAACCACACACUACAUCUGUAGCACCACAUACCUAUCCAACUCCUCAUAACACCUGAGACUUGCAGUACACCAUCUGUGCUUUCAUCAUCAAUAGAAACAGUGAAAAAAAAAAGAAAUGUUUACAGAUACACUCAACAGAGAAAAGCAAAACAGAGAUGUCAGUUCUGAUCUUUAUCUGUGUUGCAUCAUUGGAAUGGGAGGGGCCCUAAUGCACAUCAGAUGAAAAUGCAGGUACCAGCUUGCACCCGUGUUAGUGCUUUUACAUAUACAGUUUCUCCUACAAUUGGUUUUGCAUUAAACACGCCAGAUGUAAUGACAGAUGGAAAUACAGCUACACAUUCGGUCAUCUUCAUUCAGAUGGAAUAACAAUAAGCCGGUCAAGUGGAACUAUGCAUCUUUUCUGUUGACAUGCAAAGUGCUGUAUAUGUACAUAUGUAUGAUAUGAUUACAUAUAAGACUAUGUGUUGGUCAUACCAUUAUAAUAAAAACCCUAAGCUAUGUGUGUUUUACCUCUCAAUACCUGGUUUACAGCUGUAUAUAUUUUCACUAGGUUACUUACUAAAUCUUUCUUUUUACUUUCCUGAAC